AUGGCCCCCGACCGUGUCACCACCGCUUCCGCAAGCAACGAAAAUGAGCGCCCCGACCGUCCCAUUCUACCACUGCCGAAGCGACGUCUCCGCGAGCGACUGUCUCCUGAGGUCGCCGACUCGAUCCAAUACCCACCAGCUCCCCAGUCGGCGUCCGCCUUGUUCUCAUACCCGUGCAGUCUGAAGGGGAGCAUUGUGGAGGAGGAUUUGUCGAGCUCUAGUAGGGAAUCAGAGCUUGCGGGCCGCCAGGGCUCUCGCAGACAUGGUGCCUCGGCUGAGGGAGAAUCAUACGGCACGUCGCCGAGACGCAUUGUAGUGCCCCGCCCUCCAACUGAGUCUUUGGGCCGUCCUGCGCGUCUGCUGCAGCGGCCAGAGCCUGCCAGACAGGUUCACUCGCCACAGCCUCCACCCUCAGCUGCCUCCUCUGCAGAUGGAUACGAAUCCUUUGAGAAUACUAAUAAUAAGAAAAGAAAGAUACCUACUGCUGGAGAAAUGCUUGGUGCACAUGGCUUGGGCGAUCAUGACAAGGCUGGCGAGAAUGGGAGCUCAACUUCUGCACUUUAUUAUUCGUCUGGAAGCUCAUUGCUGUCUGGUCAGAACAUAUCGGGACCAGGUCGAGGCCGAUUUGGAAGGGUGAGAACUGGCAGAACUCCCCUGCAGGCCCUCUCAGAGGUGAGCGGCAAUUGGGUGGGACGAGCUUCCAAGACUCGCUCCUCGAAUUGGUCUCCUCAGCCAGCGCAAAGCACCGGCAUCAUUUCUAACGCGAUCGCCAACGCAGAGAAGCUCGUCGCCCCAGGAGGGCAGGAGAACACCACCAGCCUCCUGCAGCAGCCGUCGCCUGCCAAGCCUACGCCCUCCUCAACCCAGUUCACCUUUACCUGCGACUCCCAAGUUCCUGGCUCCUCUCUGUCGUGGCCUGGAGCUGGUCCCAAGGUGUCUUCGUCUGCGCCUGCCGAGUACGACCCACCAGUGCGAAGCUACCCGCACCCCCGUGUCCGCCCGUCCCAUCAGAAGACGGUUUCAAGUGCCUCAGCUGGCUCAGCUGGUUCAGGUGUCUUUUCACAAGAACCCACCUCCGACUGCAGCAUGGAGGGCCAGGCGUCCGAGUCCGCUACCCAGGAGCGGAAACAGCGACGUCGUGCGGACCGAGACCUGCAGCAGCAGGCUCGCAAGCGUCGCGAGGAGACCGCUCGUCAAAACAUCCUACACGGUCACAAGCACGACGAGGACGACUGGAUCUGCGAGUUUUGCGAGUAUGAGCUCAUAUUCGGCUACCCACCAUAUGCGCUUAUUCGCCAGUACGAAAUCAAGGACCGAAAGGCUCGCCAGCAAGAGGAAGAGCGACGUCGCGUCUGGGAGAAGGCCAAGGCUAGAAGCCGCAAGGGCAAGAAAACUAAGGCGCCGUCCAAAGCUCAGGUCAACAACAAUAACAAUCUGCACAACCAAGCGAACGACGCGCACCAGGUACACCCUACAGUGACCACCACGCACAGCCAGGGCACGCAGAGUGAACCUUUUGACGAUGAUGACGAGUACGAAGCGGAGGGAAACUACGAGCUUGACUCCGAGCCCACGAUGCUCAAAUCAGCAGAGAAGAAUCAUGCGGCUGUACCAGGCCGUGCUACUGGUCCAGGCCCGUCGGCUGGACCAGGCCGAAAGCCUAACGGUGGCACCAAAGGCGGCCGAGCUUCCGGGGCCCGAGCUGCUGGUGUGGAGGCGAGCAAUGGCAAAGGCUAGCGUGCUUCUGCCCAGGAUUUUGGAUCUGCCCAGUGGUCAGUGGGAAGGCCAGUGGUGGAUAGAUGCUUAAGCGAGACAUCGGACAACCAGCGGCACCAGGAGGAUCGUUUGCAGCGGACGGCGGACGCAUCACCAUAUGCGACACGCUGGUAUCACGGAGUUUUGGGUUGUCUUUUCCUCUAUACGCAUCUCUCGUCAAUGAACACACUCUUCUGG